AUUUUCAAAAAGUUUAUUUUUUUCCAAUAUUUUUGAUUUAGCUGAGCGCCAUCUCAGCGUCACGGCCAGAGAAAUCUCAUAAGAAAAUUUAGUGCUUGGCGGUAUUUUAAAACGAGAAGGUGUGAAAACGUAAAACGCUCUCGCAGCUAACAAAUCGUACCGUCAAAUUUAAAAUAAAAAUAAAUACAAGUUAUAAAGCUGCGCCACAGCAGCUAGUGAGUGUUUCGACACCAAAGUAGUAUAUGAAAAUUGCUGCUACGUACAAAAUAAAUACAAAGAACUACUACAACAAUAUUAUAUAAAUAACAAAAAAGGGCAUUUCAAGCAAGCAAAAAGUACAAAUUGUUUAUUGCUAUUAGUAUUUUUUUUGCAACACUAUCUAUCUAUUGAAGUGAUAAGAAAUAAAGCAAAACAACAACAGCAACGUAAACCACCUCUGGUCCAACUAACCAGCCUUCUUAACGUCUGCUUUCAACUCAACACUCAUCUCAAGUCGAAAAUGAAUUUCACGCGCCAACUAUCGGAAAUGAGUGCCAGUGAACUUAAUGAAGCCAUUGACGACACCAAUUUCCCGCAGGCGCAUAUCAUAUCACGUGGACGCAACAAUAGCGUUUGUUCGACAAGUUCCGCUUCGGGCAUAACACCGCUUAUGGAUCGCGCCCUCUCGCAGACAGAUGAAGUGACAACGACUGCUGUGACGGCCACUGCCAACGCUGUUGGUGGUGCUGCUACAACACCGAAUGGCAUCAAUGCAAUUCCUACUAAUGGUGGUGGUGGUGCUGCUGCUACUGGUGCUGGUGCUGGUGCUGGUCUCAGUAAUUCCUUCGCCUACGAUGCAGUCAUUACAACACCGCCAAUCUCCUUUACGCGUCCGAAGUUAAUGUUGAAAACAAAUGGCAUUAUACCGGAGCAUGAACCGACAGACUCACCAAUGACUCCGAAAACUCCACGCACAUCAACGACACCAGGUUGGUUCGGGUUGCAGUAGAGUAUUUUUGUGCCUCGAACAUCAUUACUCAGAGUGUUGUUUUAGCAAGCAAGCAAAGUUAGUUAGUGUGGUGCGGGUGUUUUUAAGAAUUAUAUGCCGCGUUGCGGCAAUUUUGGAAUUAAUAGUGCUGUUGUGUGUGGCACAUAUAUCAUCGGGCGUUGUUUAGGCCG